GGUUUUUUUAAAUACAUCAGGCAUCCCUAUUCCUCUAUUCAUUACAUAAAGAAACAGUACCUCGGUAUUAGAUCUGUUUUGCCGUGCUAUCCUCUGAAAAGAAAAACGAUGUGAAAACCAGAGGGAAUAUCUCACCGAAAAUACUUAAACAAAUAAGAAAAAACAUUGUCUUCGUUGACAAAUUAGGGGAAUUCCUUACCUUGAUUUCGCGGACUUCAAAGAUACAUAGUUUCAUAUCGAAACUCAAGCCUUCUCAACUCCCCAGAACAUUAUACAAAAAUUAAAUACAUCAUUGACGGCAACUUAAAGGAAUUAUUUGCCGGGAACGCCGGUCAGAAAACAUUGACCAUGUCCGUGCAGCAAUUUUGUUUGCGCUGGAAUAAUCACCAGCCAAAUUUUAUUUCGGUAUGCUCUUCGCUCCUGCACAAUGGAACACUGGUAGAUGUAACCUUAGCAGCAGAAGGUCGCCAACUCCAGGCUCACAAAAUAGUCCUUUCUGCUUGCAGCUCUUAUUUUCAAACUCUUUUUACAUCGAACCCCUGUCAACAUCCAAUCGUAAUCCUAAAAGAUGUCCAAUACGACGAUCUUAAAACUAUGGUUGAUUUUAUGUAUUAUGGUGAGGUGAAUGUUUCACAGGAGCAGUUACCACACAUUCUUAAAACGGCCGAAAUGCUUAAAAUCAAAGGACUUGCUGAAAUGCCCACCGAUCCUGCCAAUUUAACCAAAUCUGAAAGCAAAUCCACGAAUGAACCCACCGAUCUUGUGGGUAGCGGUAGUUCCGGUAGUAAUGGCCAAAGUAGCAGCGGUGUUGCGAGCGGUGGCUUGGGAAGUAGUGCUGGUGGAAGUAUGAGUGAUUCACUAUGGGAGCAACAACAUCAUCAUGGUCAACAUAGUGACACCCAAUUUCAGUCUCACCACCACCAACAACAGCAAAAUAGCCAAACGCAAACAUCACAGCAGCAACAACAACAUCAUCAUCAAUUAAGACGUACUCCGUCACCAUUAGGUUCGGGAGCCUCUCCAGCUACCAGACGAAAACGGCUUCGAAAAUCCUCAAAUAAUGGAUCUGGCGAUCGCACCAACUCGGAAGAACAACAUAAUACUUCAUUGGACAGUGGAAAUACUGCUAGCGGUAUAAGUCUCACGCAGAUGGGUCAAAUGUCAUUUGGCACCGGAGCUGGCACUAUCAGUGGAAUGCCAACUCAUUCUCUUCACGCAUCUAAAUUGUUAAAAGAAUCGACAAGUACGGAUGUGGAACCACAUCCCCAGGAUGAUAGUUUGGACGGUGGUCACGGACACGUUCACAUGCAAAUUAAACCCGAAGUUGAUAUGAGCAGCGUCCAGCAAUCAAUGCCAUUGGACAUUUCGGCAGCUACAACCCCUUCAGAACAUGACGCACCAAAUUCUCAAUCAUCUCAUUCUGAUAUUUCACAGCCAUCAAAUGUUGCUGUCAAAACAAUUGUCUCUCAGCCAGAAUGUUCGCCAUGUGCCGUUAAUAUGGCCAUGUCACCAUCACCAACUAGCCUACUCCCUCAGCAACAGCAACCUCAAACGCAGCUGCAGCACCAACAUUCUCAACAACAGCCAAUGGGGACAAAACGAAAUCGAGUCCUUACACGUCAGCCGCGUGUUAAACGAGACAGUGAUAGUUUAUCAAAUGCUCAAGCUUCACCAGAACCAAUGGCAUCAUGUGUCGAUGUUGAUCCAUUUAGGAAUUCCCCCGGCAGUAGUUCACAUUCAAAUUUCACUGCUGCACAUUCUCACCAGCUACAUACCCAUCAUCAUUUGCUAACCGUGCCGCCACGUAUUGAACGUCACUCCUCCGAACCGGCUCCUAGUUUGACACCCACUUCACCACAUUUGCUAUCUGUGCCGCAGAGUACACCCUUCCUUAUGAAACAGCAUUCGGAUCCAUUACUGCCCACACAACAUUCACUUAGUAGCGCUGGUGCUUUAAUAGUCGGGACUGGCGGCACGAAUCCCUUCGCACCGCUACAUCGUCAGUAUUCGCAUCCACUUUCGGGCACCAGCAGUGUCGCCAACACCAGCAAUGUUGGUACUAGUCAUAUCACUAGUGUUUCUUUGCAUCAAUCACACCACAUAUCACUACCGGAAUCGAUGUACACGUCCGGCGGUUCGCCACCACCUAUUGGCUCUUCGCAAUAUGUUGUGCCACAACAAAUAGUGACAAGUGGAAGUGGUGGAGGGUCGAAUGAGGUGGUUGGCACUAUGAGCGUAUCAUCAACUUCAACUAGUCCUUUAAAAGUGCUCACCCUGCCGCAGUUUACUACAACUUAUAUCGAUGACAGUAGUACGAGUGGCCGUACCAAUUCACCAACUACCACCCCGUCCAUUGCUGGCGUCCAACCCAAUACAGCAAGCGUCAGUUCGGCGCCAUUGGAGCGAGUUCGUUCCACGGAAGGGAACACACCACCACCGGCAAGCAAGUUUCGUACUUCAAAACCUGCUUCCAGUGUUUUAUUAUCAGAGCGUAUAAUCAGUUUGCAUCCUGGGGCCCCAGCUACGGGUAGCAGUUCGUUUGAACAUUUACCUUCGUUACGAGUCAGGAGUGAGGAACUACAGAGAUCGGUGUCUUCUCCACAAACUUCACGGGAGAUCAUCACUUUGGAAAAUCCUCGUUCUAGUCAUUGUCCCGUCAUACGGCCCGGGCCGGCACUGGGCUGUAAUUUUUGUUGGAACACUAUAGAUGGACAUGGUCGAAUUUUGAGGCGCAAAACGAAAUACCACUGUCCCGAGUGUCAAACGAAUUUAUGUAUUGUACCAUGUUUUCAGGAGUAUCACGAGCGUCAAAAUAGUGAAGCGGCAAAUACUUUAUCCGGAAAUGACAGCAACAGUAAAUCAUUCUCAGGUGCCACUGGCAGGAGUGGAAGUGGUGGCGGCAACGGAGAUUAAAAUUUGCACCCUCUGUGCUGCGUGCCGCGGAGCUCCUUCAAGAGAAACCACAUUACAAAAAUGUCUCCGAUGCCGCCAUUUUGUAAAAUUUUUCGAUCAAACUUUGUAGUUUUGUAUUUUAGUAUAUAAGUAAUAACUUCCCAAAUCAGAGUGAUUGUUUCCCCUUUCCUUCUAUACAAAAAAAUUCUUUAAAAAUCGUGUUUAUUUUACGCGUGUACAGUGGUGUUACCCCUUAAGCUUCUCUGCAGUUGUUUAGUAUGAAAAGCCUUUCUUUUUUUCUAGAAAUAAAAUGUGUUACGAGUAUAUAAUAUUUUAACAUAUGUAGGUAAUUAAAAAGGCAGAAGGCAUGGUUUCAUACUUCAAAGUCAAUAUAAACAUAAUUUGUUUUCAUUUAUUUUUGACUGGGAAUAUGCAAAUUCGAAGUUUCAGUUAAUCGUUCAUUACUCUGCAAAUGCACGAAUGUCCAGUUUUUCAUUGUAUGUUGAGUGACGCGAACCACCCUAAUAAUUAAAUACAUAACUACUUUUGAUAUAGCGAACACAAGCAGAACAAAUUAUUCAGCGCGCGUUUUAAAUAAAUUCACAUUGGCCAUCUAAGACCUACAGUUAACCGAUUCCUUGGUUAGCUAUUGAAAAAUUAGUUCCGUUUAGCUAGCUAAGUCUUCUUAUAGCUACGUAUAUGUGCAUGUAUGUAGGUAACUUCAUAAUUGAAUUGAUUUUCGACCUUUCUGUGCUUACUACUACAUAUAAAAGUUCUUAUCAGCAUUUCUUGUAAAACAAAUGUUGGGCAAUUGUGUGCUUGCAAAGCAAUUUUGAUCGCGUUUUGCAUAGUUGUUUUAUAAAAAUGUUGUGAUGCUAAACGUUGGUGGAAGGUAAAUAUGGUUCCAUUUAACUAAUGAAAAAACCGCGACACACCUAAACUGGCAUUGACAUUCAUAUGUGUAAGCAUGUGUGUUUGCAUGUAUGCAAUAGUUUAGCUUUUAAGAAAAUAUUUUUUAUAAGUUUUCUCUUUUUUAUUUUGCAUUCAUAUAAUUUUACAAUACAAAUAAACAUGUACAGGGUAGAUAUAAUACUAUUGCAUACAUGCAUACAUACAACUAUGCCAGUCAAAUUGUUAAGCAUAGCCCAUAUUAUACUUAGUUUAAGCAGUGGAUUAUUUUUUGUUUUGAGAUCUACCUUAAAUAUAGUUUUUGAAAAAUGUGCAAUAAAUAUUGGGAAAUUGUUAUGCAACAGAACGAUUCAAAAGCUAUUUAUUUGUUAUAUAAUUUUACAUGCAAAUUUCAUUUCUACUAAUCCAGUCACGUGAAUAUGUAGUCGAGAACUCAGAAACAGAAACCAAAUUUAUACAAUUGUUAAACAGUCAUAUACAAUAGUUUUUUUACAGUUUAAGUUAAGUUUAAAUAAAGAAAAGUAAAAUCGAAAUUUGUUAAUUUUUUCAUUGAAAAAUGCAAUUUUAUAUUUAGUUGUAUAUUAAAA